AUGUACGAAAACGCUGAUAUUCCGAUUUCAACACCAUCGCGAACUAUCUACCAAUAUGAAACAAUUGCUUCACCUUUUCGAACAUUCUAUCAAAACACCAGCCAACAGCCUGCUUAUGUCUCAUUCGAAUCGAUCCCGCCGUCGAUUGAUAAAGACAAUUCGUUGACACCACCAUUCCAGAAGAAACUACCGAUCAUUCCUGUAAUUAUUCUCGGAUUUUGUCAAAUCCUCGGUGGAUUGAUUGUUCUCACACUUGAAGUACUUGUCUUCGAUCUUGCUGUUGGACUCUGGUGUGGCUUUAUCUAUGCACUCGCUGGCAUUGCUGCUCUUGUACUUGCAAUCGGGACUGAUCGUGAACGUCAUCAAGCAACAGCUGUCUUGAUUUUUCAAUUAGUCGGUACGUACGAAACAAAACAUUUUUUACAUCCCAUACGAACUGAAAUCUCCUUUUAUUUAGCAUUGAUGUUUUCGAUUACGGAGAUCAUCCUACAUGCCGAUUUCUAUCAAAAACGUUGUUUAACAAAACCACAUGAACCAUCACGUGAAGCAUUCUAUCAGUGUCAAAUUCUUCUCAUUCAAAUCGGUGUGGCAGCAUUUGUUUUGAUUCAUACAAUUGUAUUUGCGGUGAUAUAUUUUCGCACAACAAUCGUUGUGCUUAAACAACCACAUGGAACGUUCAAUCUAUCGAAUGCGAUCAAUUUCACUUGUUAA